AUGUCUACGCCCUCGAGGGUAGACACCCCCAACACCGGCGCCUUAGGCUUUCUAAGCCGAGGCAUCCGUUCAGUGUCGAGCUUCGUCUCGACCAUGUUCUCCUCACAGGCAGCCGAGGUAUCGGCACACGACGUACCCGCGGAUGAAUCGGCACCGGCAACACCUCGCGCGUCCCAGGCAUCCGACGACCUCGCGCACUCCGGCUCGUCCUCUUCGGAGGACAUCGACAACUCGGCCCCCGCUCUCGACGACCCAACCAGCGAGGACGACGCUCACUCGGUCUCCUCGCAGGAGGAGCAAUCGGUUGGCCCGGACGUCCUCGCGACGCGGGCUCUGGAAAUGGCAUCGGUAGCUGGUCCAUCGAACACGUCCUCUUCUGGCAUGCUCGUUGUGCCAGCAUCAUCAUCGGCGGACCUCAACCCUGACCCGGACAACCCCCCUCGACCCGCACCGUCCGCAGCGGCGGUCUUGUAUCGGCAACGCGCCCCGCUCCGUCGCGAAGGCGCGUUCUACGGACUACCCGGUCCUUCGUCUACGGCGAAUGAAGCGUCCACCUCCUCUGCCCCGGCCCCUCCACCCCGGCCUCGCGGGCAGCUGCGGCGCGAACCGGUUUGGCACGACGGCGAGGACCCGAGCACGGUAGCCCCCGCGAGCGAACUUCGGGGCAGGGAUCCACGGACCAUCCCCGAGAACCGGUACUGGCACCCGCGCUGGGGUCCGAUCCCCACGCUUCGGCAGAUCCACCCCGGCCCCGGCACUCCCUCCGCGCGCGACGUCAUCGCCUGGCUGCAGCAACGGUACGGCACGAGCUCGAACGCGUUCUGGCAGGCCGUCGACCACGUCUUCCCGCUCCCCGACGGCGUCGACCACGCGCCCCUCUUCGCGCGGAUCCUCGAAACUAGCCAGUGGCGGAACCAGGACCCGAACUGGAUGGACGGCGUCGAGCCUGUAGAGCGCGUGCGCGAACCUGCGCGCGCGGACGACGCGGCGGACUCGGACGCGGACGCGGAGAGCGUCGGGUACUUCAGCGACGACGACGCAAUGGUAGAGGAUGCGGAGGACACCACGGCUGCCCCUCAGGCUGGCCCGUCAUCGCUGGCACUGGUGCCGUUCCGGUCUUCGUCGCGCGCGCCCAGUCGCGCCUCCUCGGUACACUCCUCCCCGGUACACUCCUCCUCGGCACUGCCCGCGUCGUCGCCUGGCGCAGGAGCCUCCACGCAGUCGCCGGGUCACCUGAAGCGCGCACGCGACUCGAAUGGCGAUGCGUCCGACGAAGAACGGUCUACGCCGCGGCGGCGACUCGAUCCCGAGCCCCAACAGUCCCCAGCCGCUUCCUCGUCUUCGUCCUCGGCCACUUCCCGGAGGAUUACCCGCUCUGCCUCGCACUUCUCGCGGCGCGGCGCGUCGUUCGCGCCCGCACCCGUCGCAGGUCCCAGCAGACCCGCGCCUGCACCCCGGGCACCGCAGAUCACGGUGACCCCACCGUCGCGGGACGUGUCCUUCACACUGCCGCGGCCGCCGACGGAAGGGUACCUGGCGCCAGGGGUGGGUCGGGGGAUGAGGCGUAGACGGUCCUCAUCGAGCUCGUCGCGAGGAAGUUCCCGGUCGUCCCCGUCCUCCUCCUCCUCCUCGCAGACGAUCCUCCGUCCCCUGAGCACAGCUGCCGAGAGCAGCACUAGCACUCCGGGCGCCGGUCCCUCCUCCCUCCGUGGUCCGUCCUCCCCAGGGCCAUCCGGAGAGAGCGCUCAGCGGCGCCAUAAACGGCGACGCGACGAGGCGGAGGCGGAGGACAAAGGUCGCAGCGACGACAAGCGUCCGCCAGAAGACGAAGGGUCCAGCCGAAAACGGCCAAAGCGGAAGUGAUUGGUCGCGCCUGCGGUUUGCUGACGCGGUGCAUAGACGAUUAUACCCC